CAACUUCAUCAAAUCCUCACACGCUUUUCUGUUUUCUCUCUCAAACAACACAGCUUUGAAGCAAAAUACCCAUUUUAUCCCUCGAGAAAUGGGAAAUUACGUCUCAUGCACUCUCUCGGGCCCCGCCGGGAAAGGUUCAAGCAGGGCUACAAAGGUCAUUUUCCCCUCCGGCGAGCUGCGGCCGCUCCACGAGCCGACGAAGGCGGCGGAGCUCAUGCUGGAGGUGCCAAAUUCCUUCGUCGUGAACACCAAGUCUCUCCAGAUCGGGAGGAGAUUCCACGCGCUGAAUGCGGAUGAGGAUCUGGAGAUGGGGAAUGUGUACGUGUUUUUUCCGAUGAGUAAGGUUAACGCGGUGGUGGCGGCGGCGGACAUGGGCGCUCUGUUCCUGGCGGCGAACUCCUCCGCGAAGCGAAUGUCGAGGGGGAGCGUGAGGAUCCUGCCGUGUAGCGGCGGCGGCGAUGUGCAGAUUGUGAAGAGCGUUGCUGAGAAAUCGGGUGAGCCGAAGCUCAAUUUCGACGAUAUUGAUGAUUUCUCGGUGGCGGAGUUCAAGCAGAGGGUGUCUUUCUGCAGAUCGAAGAAGCCGUUGCUGGAGACCAUUGCUGAAGAACCUGCUUUUGCUAGAUGAGGGAUUUUGAUCAAGGAAAAGGAGAAAAUAUUAUAUAGAUAUAUUUUUAUAUUUUUUUAAGUUUGCUCUUUCAAAUUUAGGCGAAGAGAAAACUUAUUAUUAGUAUUAAUUUUUUUUAGUUAAGCUGGGAACGUGAUUAUCCAAAGUUAGGAAAGGGAUUGAAGAAUUGUAAACGUAUUAAAAUGUACUAACUGGUUGCACUCUUCUUUUCGAUUUAUUUGAUCGAUAAUAGGCUAACACGACGCAAUAACAAGGUUGUUUGAUUAAAA